AUGUGUGUGCUCUUUGCAUAUUGACUGCAAAUAAUUUUCACUUGAUUUGCUUUGGCUGCGCCCUCCCUCAUUGAACAGCUCGCAAGUUGGCAAAAUGUUAAUAGAAGGAACGGUACGGAACGGGGGGUAAAACUGUACCGCGCGGUCCGUUUGAUUAUUUCGCGUAAACAUAAACACAAAACAAACUGUUGCUCACCGCUGUUGUUGUUAUCGCUGCCUCUCUUUUUGCAGGUGGGCCCGAACGUAACGAAAUUCUGAUUGAAAGCGCAUAAAGCUCGUCAGCCGGUUAACUGUAAAAUACAUUUAAUAUGUAACUUCUGCUCCUGGUGAGACAGAAAACAAAACGAGCAAAGAACGUUGCAUAAGGUGACAACUACAACUGGCAGCUAAGGAAUAUCGACAACAAGUGGAAAUAUUUUAAGAGGCAACUAGAAGGAAAAGCUACAUGGUAAAUUGGCCAAGCGAUCCAACGCCUUAUUUUCGAACCACGCAAUUGUCCAAUUGUCAAUAAUCCAGAGACAACAAAUAUUCCACUUGACUUUUUGUAGCCACGACGGCCAGCGAUAGCAGUCGACAGCAGCAACAACAAGCACAGUAUGUAGGCUGAAGCAAACAGCAACAACUACGACAGCAGACAACAACAGCAGCUACACCAAGUGAAGCAACAGCAGCAACAACAAGAACAACAACAACAACACCGACGCAAGAAGCGUCCCUAACAACAAUAAUAAGAAUUGCAAACAAUACACAUUGAAUGAUUAAAAUAUUUAUUGAGACAAUUGAGACGGAGAGCGAAAUCAAAAUUCCUUUCCCGUUCUCUAAAUGCAGCACGUGAGCGCUGCCAGUUCGGCACCUUCGGUGGUAUCAGCACCGGUGGUGACCACUGGCGGUGGCACCACCAUCACGUUAGGCGGACCGCCGCCAUUACCGCCACAUAAGGUCGAUCAUAAAGAGGACGGCGGCAAGCAGCCGCCACACGGCAUUGAAAUGUAUAAAGUGAACAUUGAGGAUAUAUCGCAGUUAUUUACGUAUCACGAGGUCUUUGGCAAAAUCCAUGGAGAUGUGGUGAAUCAUGUGGCGGCGGUGCAUGGCAGUCAGUUGCCACCGCCACAACUGCCACCGCCACCGCCACUGCCACCGCAGACGACGCAUUCGGCUAGCGCAGCUGCAGCAGCAGCGGCGGCGUCCACAAAUAAUGCAGCCGUCGCUGCUGUAAUGGCAUCGGCCAAUGCAGCAGCAGCGGCUGCAGCGGCCGCAUCAGCAGCGGCAUCAGCUCAACAACAACAGCAACAGCAACAACAGCAAGCACAACAACAACAGCAACAACAACAGCAACAGCAAUCAGUGACAAGCACUAAUGCUGGAAGUCAGCAGGGCAGCGCCACGGUGACCACGACUAGCUCAGGUAGCAACGGGAACAAUAAUGGGGGUAAUAAUGGGGGCAACAACAACAACAAUAAUAAUAAUAACAAUAACAAUAAUUCGACAACGACGACGGGUGAGUUGCUAAUGCCGAAAAUGGAGGGCGGCAUUCAUGGCGUCGAUGGUCAGUCGAGCGUUUCGUUGGCGCCGGAUGGCACGCCCAUUGCGACUGGUACGCAUGUGUGCGAUAUUUGUGGCAAGAUGUUCCAGUUUCGUUAUCAGCUGAUUGUGCACCGUCGCUACCACAGCGAGCGCAAGCCGUUUAUGUGUCAGGUGUGCGGUCAGGGCUUUACCACAUCGCAGGAUUUGACCCGUCAUGGCAAAAUCCACAUUGGCGGUCCCAUGUUCACCUGCAUUGUUUGCUUCAAUGUGUUUGCCAAUAAUACAAGUUUGGAGCGACAUAUGAAAAGGCAUUCAACGGACAAACCAUUCGCCUGCACCAUUUGCCAAAAGACUUUCGCACGCAAAGAGCAUCUGGACAAUCAUUUUCGUUCGCAUACGGGCGAAACGCCGUUCCGUUGCCAGUACUGCGCCAAGACGUUUACGCGCAAGGAGCACAUGGUCAAUCAUGUGCGCAAACACACGGGUGAGACGCCACAUCGUUGCGAUAUUUGUAAGAAGUCCUUCACGCGCAAGGAACACUAUGUUAACCACUACAUGUGGCACACUGGUCAAACACCGCAUCAGUGCGAUGUCUGCGGCAAGAAAUACACGCGCAAGGAGCAUCUAGCCAACCAUAUGCGCUCCCACACCAACGAGACGCCGUUCCGUUGCGAAAUCUGCGGCAAGAGCUUUAGCCGCAAGGAGCACUUCACCAAUCACAUACUCUGGCAUACAGCAGGCGAGACGCCGCAUCGGUGCGACUUCUGCUCCAAGACGUUCACUCGCAAGGAGCAUUUGUUAAAUCACGUGCGCCAGCACACGGGAGAGUCGCCGCAUCGCUGCUCCUACUGCAUGAAGACGUUCACGCGCAAGGAGCAUCUGGUGAAUCAUAUACGCCAGCACACGGGUGAGACACCGUUCAAGUGCACGUACUGCACGAAAGCGUUCACACGCAAAGAUCACAUGGUUAAUCAUGUACGGCAACAUACAGGCGAAUCGCCGCACAAGUGUACAUACUGCACGAAGACGUUUACCCGUAAGGAGCAUCUAACGAAUCAUGUGCGACAGCACACGGGCGAUUCGCCGCAUCGUUGCAGCUACUGCAAGAAGACGUUCACCCGGAAGGAGCAUCUGACGAAUCAUGUGCGCCUUCACACUGGAGAUUCGCCCCAUAAAUGCGAAUAUUGCCAGAAGACCUUUACACGCAAGGAGCAUCUCAAUAAUCAUAUGCGCCAGCAUUCAAGCGACAAUCCCCAUUGUUGCAACGUUUGCAACAAGCCCUUCACCCGCAAGGAGCAUCUGAUCAAUCAUAUGUCACGCUGUCACACCGGCGAUCGCCCCUUCACCUGCGAGACGUGCGGCAAAUCUUUCCCCCUCAAGGGCAAUCUACUUUUCCAUCAACGCAGCCAUACCAAGGGUCAGGAAUGCGAACGUCCAUUUGCCUGCGAAAAGUGUCCCAAGAAUUUCAUAUGCAAAGGUCACUUGGUCUCGCACAUGCGCUCCCAUUCGGGCGAGAAACCGCACGCGUGCACACUGUGCAGCAAGGCUUUCGUCGAGCGGGGCAAUUUGAAGCGCCACAUGAAGAUGAAUCACCCAGAUGCUAUGAUGCCGCCACCACCCGUGCAUCCGCAUCCGCAAAUACCGGCUGGUGUGCUGACCCAAGUCAAGCAGGAAGUGAAACCGAUCAUAAUUCCCCAUCACUCGGCGACGACAACAAUGCAUACCAUCCAACAGAUUACAGCUGGAGCUGCUGCAGCUGGAGCCGGUGCCGUUCAGUUAACACCCGGAUUGGUGCCGCUGGUCACGAGCACGCUCAUCUCGCACAAUGCGCAGCAAUCGCAGAAGCAACAGCAGGCGGCAGCAGCAGUUGCCGCACAACAGCAGGCGGCAGCAGCAGCCGCUGCACAGCAACAGGCGGCAGCAGCAGCGGCCGCACAACAGCAGGCGGCAGCAGUGGCACAUCAGCAGCAUCAGCAACAGGUCGCUGCACAGCAGCAACAACAGCAGCAGCAGGCGGCAGUGGCAGCACAUCAGCAGCAGCAACAACAGUUGCAGCAGCAACAAUUGCUGCAAUUAUCGAUUCAACAGGCGGCACAUCAUCAUCAGCAACAUCAGCAGCAGCAGCAACAACAACAGCAGCAGCAACAUCAUCAGCAGCAACAGCAACAGGCACAUCCACAGGCACCGCCACAGCAGCAACAACAGCAACAGCCACCGCCACAGGUGCCCAUUGCAUUGAUAAGUGAUCCAAGUGCAUUGGCACGUGCUGCCAUGCAACUGCAACAUCUACCCAGCAAUGUUGAGCAACAUCCGGUGGUUUACUAACAGUAGCCCCUGCUGCAUGGCUACCCGACGACGACGACGACGGCGGCGGCGACAUCAGCCACAAGAGCCACAGCAGCCGCAACGCAAUGGUAAACCGAGUGGCAAAUUGCUGGCAACAUUUCAAGCAACUGAAGGCAACCAACAACAUCAAAAAUACGAAGAAUCCACAUCCAUUAAAGCAGCUAGUUAUACAUGCAUAGAAAGCAUAAAGGAUAAUAGCAACAUAACAUUUAUACAAGUAUAUACAUAUAUAUAGUUUUUAUACAGUGCGCUGGUUACGCCUUCAAUCCGAUAUGUUUACUCUCCUCUCUCCGCCACGCCCUCCUCCCCACACACUUCCCUCUUGUUGUUCGUUAGGCGUCCACUUGCGCAACGUGCAAUACAAGAAAGAUAAACAUCUCAUAGUUAAACUUUAACGCUGUUCUCCCCUAAACGAUCUUUUUAGGCGCUUAGCGUCUAUAUUUUACUAAAUAUUAAUUAUAUAAUUAAUUUUCUCACGUCCCUGUUACAUUUAUGAAAUGUACGCGCAAUGUGAACGCUAAACGUGGCUAUUAGCUGUGCUAUUAACCAGGCCAAGAGCGGAGUGGGCAAAACAUCUUUUGUAUUCUUCGUUCACUUUUUAAAAUGUAUUUAGUUAAGUUAGGAGAACAAGAAAGGCAGCGAAAGGGAGAGAGGGAAACAUACAUAAUUACAAGCACGGUUGUACCACACAUUUUAAGAAAUCUACCAUUUUACAUAAAAGUUUAUUACAAUCUGUAACAUUUUGAAAAGAAAUGUAAGUAAAAAUGUACUAUUUCGUGGCAACCCAGCUGGCAAAGCAAAUCUCCCAAAAUAUAUAUAUGUGUACUUUGUAUAUAUUUAUAAGAAAAACUGCAGCAAAACCUUUUUGGAAAAAUCAUUGAGAAAUUGUAUUAUUUUGUGCAUUUUGUUGUAAGGCAAACAAAGUAUGUUAACGAGAUCAGCAUAAAGAUAAAUUAACUACACACAUACAUAAAUAUACAUAUUAUGCUAAUAGAAGCGCCCAGUUAAUAAUGCAAGCCCCCCGCCCUUCCAUCCUCUGCCUACCUUCAGUAAACCACAAAACCCAUUUAACGUUUAAGUAAGAAAAGUUGUUGCUUAUCACCAGAUAAAUAAAGAUGGAAAUCGAAAGUUAAACUGCAAACUAAUGAGCAGUUUCAUAAAGGAAGGAAUCGAAGAGGAAGCUGAAGAAGAUGGCGGCGCAGGCGUAGGCUAAGUCAAGAACUAACAAAUGAAAAGUAGAGAAGAAAAAAAAUGCAA